CGUUUCGGAUAGAGCAACGUGCCGUGACAGCCCAACCAAUUUCUGUAUUUCAUAUUCCCAACGCUACAAAAUUCUUCUCUCUCUUACACUACUCAAAAUCUUCAGGCACACAACACAAUACAGCUCAACUGAUUAAUGGAAAAUCUGUGGCGGGCCGCGACGGGCCAGGAUCCCAAUCCUGACGAUUACAACGGCAUCGAGUUCUGGUCCAAUCCCGAACGAUCCGGCUGGCUUACGAAGCAAGGCGACUACAUCAAAACCUGGCGCCGCCGCUGGUUCAUUCUCAAACAAGGCAAGCUCUUAUGGUUCAAAGACUCUUCCAACAUCACCCGUGCCUCCACGCCACGUGGCGUCGUCCCCGUCGGCACCUGCCUCACUGUUAAAGGCGCUGAGGACAUCGUCAACAAGCCGUACGCUUUCGAACUCUCUACCGGCGAAUAUACGAUGUACUUCAUCGCCGAUACGGAGAAGGAGAAGGAGGAAUGGAUCAAUUCGAUUGGUCGAGCGAUUGUUCAACACUCGCGGUCGGUUACAGAAUCCGAAGUCGUUGAUUACGAUAGCAGACGGUGAUCUGAUUCAUUCUUAGCUUUGUUAAACGACAUCGUUUUCUUUACUGAUUUUUUUUUUUUUUU